UCUCGCGGUCUGGGCUCGAACUGCUCUUCUGUUCCGAACUGCGUCACUACUGCUCCACUCUCCAACAUGGCGACUACCGUGAUGAACAAGUGUCUCAGUCCUCUGGCUCUGCUCACCCGCAGGCUCUCUGCCCCGGAGUUCAUCACCCAGUGCUGCUACCACAAGAAGGUGGUGGAUCACUAUGAGAACCCGAGAAACGUCGGCUCGCUGGACAAAAACUCCAGGAAUGUUGGGACUGGUUUGGUGGGAGCUCCGGCCUGCGGAGAUGUUAUGAAGCUCCAGAUUGAGGUGGAUGACCAGGGGAAGAUUGUGGAUGCCAGGUUCAAAACCUUCGGCUGCGGCUCUGCCAUCGCCUCAAGCUCUCUGGCCACCGAGUGGAUUAAGGGCAAAUCUGUGGAUGAAGCUUUGACAAUAAAGAACACUGACAUUGCCAGAGAGCUCAGUCUUCCUCCCGUUAAACUUCACUGCUCCAUGCUGGCAGAGGACGCCAUCAAGGCUGCUCUGGCUGACUAUCGCAUCAAGCAGCAGGACGACCAGCAGGAGGCAGUCAGGGCCAGCAUUUAAACCCACCUCCACUUGCUUCCCGCUACCAGGGAGAGAAGUAGCUGUAGUUCACCUUCCUGCAGUACUGAAACACGCACACACCAAAUACGUUGAUAACAAGUCCACCAUUGUCAACCCUCUGUAGCAGUUGUACACCAGGCUUAGUCUGUGGCCAACCCUGCGCCCUCUUACCCAUUUAGCCUGUCACUUAAACGCACAAUGUGAGCACUGCUGUGAGCGGUUGGUACAAAGUUGAGCCUUAUUUUUGAGAUUGUGAAAUAUUUUAAGAUUGUCGAGCGCGAGGAGAGUGUCCUGAAAGGUGUGAUGGAGAUAUUGAUUAAAGCUAAGAGCUAAUUAUGUAUCCUGUCUGAACCCUAAGCUUUGACCUUUUGAUAUAUGCAACCAAGCGACGUUGCUAGAAACCAUGAAAUGGUCCAUUGGUUUUAUCUGUAAUUUAUUAGUAUCUAGCAAUGCUUCUGUGAAAAUCUGCAAUAAAAAAAUCCUGAAUCAUC